GCUCCAUAUAGAUGUAGUGGGUGGUUCCUGCUGCAGUUUAGAAGCUACGUGGUGUCGGUGUAGUAGUGUCUCUACCUUCCUAUUAAGCUCCAGGCAGAAAACGCUUUCGUCAGAACAGAUCUCCAGAUCAGAACUACACUCUCAUCCAACAAUGGCAGCAAUUGGAAACCGUGGAACCGUGACCGAGGCAUCUGGUUUUGAUGCCGCAGCCGAUGCCCAGAAACUGAGAGGAGCCAUGAAGGGAGCCGGGACGGAUGAGGCGGCUAUCAUUGACGUUCUGGCGCACCGUACGAUUGCCCAGAGGCAGCGCAUCAAGGAGGCCUAUAAACAAACUGUCGGGAAGGAGCUGGCUGAUGAGCUGUCUUCAGAGCUGAGUGGGAACUUCAAGGAUGUUGUUCUGGGUCUGCUGAUGCUGCCGCCCGUCUAUGAUGCCUAUGAGCUGAAAAGUGCAAUGAAGGGGGCUGGAACAGAAGAGGCCUGCCUUAUUGAUAUUCUGGCUUCAAGAACCAAUGCUGAAAUAAAUGCCAUCAAUGUGAUCUAUAAGAAAGAAUAUGGGAAGACCCUGGAGGAUGCUGUGUCUGGGGACACCUCUGGGAUGUUUAAAAGGGUUUUGGUCUCUUUGCUCACAGCUGGACGAGAUGAAGGCGAUAAAGUGGACGACGCCCAGGCUGUUCAAGAUGCAAAGGACAUCUAUGAGGCUGGAGAGGCUCGUUGGGGCACAGAUGAGGUUAAAUUCCUCACAGUACUGUGUGUUAGGAACAGAAAGCAUCUGCUGAAAGUGUUUGAUGAGUAUCAGAAGAUUUCUGGGAAAGACAUCGAGGAAAGCAUCAAGAGGGAGAUGUCCGGCUGCUUGGAGGACGUCUUUCUUGCCAUAGUGAAAUGCAUGAGGAGCAAGCCAGCAUUCUUUGCUGAACGACUAUACAAGUCAAUGAAGGGGCUGGGCACCACAGACAGCGUCCUCAUCAGAAUAAUGGUCUCCAGGGCUGAAAUCGACAUGUUGGACAUUAAGGCUGAGUUUCAGAAGAUGUAUAAAAAGUCUCUACACUCUUUCAUCAAGGGAGACACAUCAGGCGACUACCGUAAAAUCCUGCUGGAGCUGUGCGGCAGCGAAUAGAAACGACAUCAGAGCGACGUUCAGCCCUGUUUCCUCAGACAGCAUCAUGUUUUUUAAUAUUGUGUUCUUCUCUGCCUUUCUCAUUUUGCUAAUUAACACGGUGCCUUAUUUCACUUUCUGAUACCAAUUAAACCAAUGACCAGUGAACCUUCA